AUGGCUGACUGGGCAGGAAUGCCCCAUGACCUCCUUGUUCUGAUUGCAAAUCGUGUUAAAGUGAUUGAAGAUUUCAUUGCUUUCAAUUGUGUUUGUACCUCAUGGCGAACGGCUUCUCCCAAGGACAAUUUCGAUAUUUUCUCUCCUCAACUCCCUUUGCUAAUGCUCCCUGAUGAUCAUGAAAAUAAUUAUUAUCGAGAAUUUUACUCUGUUUCCAAAGGUAAAGUUUCCCGCAAAUUGUACCUCCCCGAGGCUAAAGGGCGAGAGUGCUUCCCAUCUCAUCAGGUGGGAUGGGUUCUCACCCAAUCAUUCGACGGAGAAAACGUUAAUUUGCUCAAUCCUUUCUCCCGUACCCAAAUUCAACUUCCUAAUCAAUUUGCCCUAAUUGACGAAGAUGAGGAAUUUAUCGAACAAGAAGAGUAUAACUACAUCAGAAAUGCUAUUUUAUCUGCUAAUCCUUCUUUUACUUCAGAUUAUGUACUCGUCAUUGCAUAUAAUACAGAUGUUAAUCAUUUUAGCCUUUUUGGCGACCUGGAGAUAUCAAUUGGAAUAAAUUCCGCAUCGGUGAAAGAGUAG